AUGGUUCUUGACAAACUUCGAGCCAAAUUGCAUUCGCGCAAUGAGCUGGUCCGCGCUCUUCUCGCCGAAUUCACAGGAACCUUCCUUCUGUGUCUCAUCGGAUUGUCGGUCGUCGCUCAGAAGGUGCUCCCGCGACCAGAGGUCAACGAAUUCAUCGGAGUGAAUGUCGGUUUCGGAAUUGCCAUCGUUUUCGGCGUUGCCAUCUCCGCCAAACUCUCGGGUGGACACAUCAACCCAGCCGUCUCGCUCGCCUUCCUCUCUGUCGGACAAUUGGCCCCACUUCGUUUCGUCCUUUACACCAUUGUCCAGUCUCUUGGAGCGUUCCUCGGAGCCGCCGUCGUCUACGUCGUCUACAACGAUGCUAUCAAUGUGUUCGAUGGAGGAGUCCGCGCUGUCGUCGGAGCUAAGGCCACCGCCGGAAUCUUCGCUUCCUACCCAGCCCCACACCUCGGUCUUUUCAAUGGAUUCUUGGAUCAGCUCAUCGCUACUGCUGUCUUCGUUUUCCUUAUUGCCCAUAUUGUUGACAAGCGCAACUCGUACCCAACAUGGCUUCAGCCAAUUCUCGUCGGCACCUCGUUCGUCGCCAUCGGAGCCGCUUUCGGAUACAACUGCGGAUACCCGGUGAACCCGGCCCGCGAUUUCGGACCGCGUCUCUUCACCGCCCUCUUCUACGGAGGAGACGUCUUCACCAAGUGGUUCUGGGUGCCAAUCGUCGGACCAUUCGUCGGAGGAAUCAUCGGAAUCUGGGUCUACUACAUCCUCAUCGGAUUCCACACUCCACAGGAUGCUGAGGAGAAAUACGUCGUUCUCACCGGAAACCAGGAGCUCAAGCCGCUCACCGGAAAAGAGUAA